AUGGAGAGGGAUGAAAAAGUGGAUAUAUCUAAGGAGCGAGACAUAAUUGAACAGCAAAGAUGUAGAGAAGAAAGCGGUUCUACCGCAACGAAGGAUUCUCAGAGGUCGGAACAGUCAUCGAAGACGGUCGAAGUCACGCAAACGACCCGGCAACGUUUCCCACGUACGUCGUCUUUUUGUCGCAACCAUGAUUUUUUAUCCCGUAAUGCUGUUUCAUUUCAGAAGAUGCCCAUGCGGACACAGAUUGUCACGUGUCCGAAAGAAGAAGUACCUCCUGAUGUGACAGAAGCGAGAACUUCAACUAAGAAAAUCACAGAAAUUGUGACAAAACGUUCAGUCGAAAGGACAGAGGCAGUGGAACGAUGUCCAGCGGAGCCUCAGGAACUGAUAAAACCACCAGCAGAACCGUGCAAGCCUGCUGAGCCACAAAGGGUUGAACUUGUUGAUGAUGGGUGCAGGACCUCUCGCGAGCCCCUGCCGGUUCAGGAUGAUGGGUGUAGAACUGCUUCCGAGCCGACUCCGAUACCG